AAGAUCCGCGAGACCAAGGCAUGUGCACCCUCGACAUCACGUUCGAGCAGAACGUCCAGCCAUCUGGCACGAAAUCCCUCGUGCCCCACCAGAAGCAGUCACAGACCCACACGGCGAACGCCGUCUGCUUUACGCUAGUGAGCGCGGACACCUGGCACAGGAGGCUUGGACAUCUCAAUGCUCGGAGCCUGGACAUCCUUCGGAAGGACACGGGUACCGGGGUGGACUAUCGCGACAGUCUCUCCCCUUGCGGGGUCUGCCAGAUCGCGAAACACAAGCAGUCCCCCCACCCGAAGCAAUCGACUCGCGAACUAUCACGGCCUGGACAGCUUGUGGUCAUCGACAACAUGGGGCCUGUUAAUCCACCUGCGAAAUAUAAAGGAGGCUCCUUCCCGUACGCGUGCAAGAUCACCGACGACUACACGAAGAUGAAAGAAGUUUACCUGCUUCGCAAGAAAUCUGACACGACCGAGGCGGUGCACACGUACAACAUGUGCGUCGCAGCGGCAGGAGGCUACCGGAUCGAGACCAUCCGCUGCGACAAGGGAGGCGAGAACACCGGAUCCGAAUUUCGGGACUACUGCAAGAAUUCAGCUAUCAAGCUCGAAUACGCCGCCACCAACACCCCUCAACAAAUUGGUGUAUCGGAACGGGACGGACAAACCCUGGCCGGAGUCACCCGGUGUCUUCUGAAGGAUGGAGAUUUUCCGCCGUCCAUGUGGAGGGAGUUAAUGCUGACUGCAGCAUACCUGUUGAACAGGUCCCCACACUCAGCACUGGGAGGAGCUACGCCAUACUCGAAGUUGCACAAUAAGUCACCUGAUCUCUCGGGACUUCGGGUCAUUGGAGCGCGCGCCUUCGUACACCACGAGAGAUACCGAAAGAAGCUGGACGACAGAGCUUUCGAAGGCAAGCUAUGUGGUUUCGGCCUCGACAGCCAGACCUACCGGGUAUUGAAUCCAUCCAACGGGGCCGUGGUCGAGAGCCGGAAUGUGACUUUCAUCGAAUCUCCACCCCGCUCAGUGCCCUUCCAGUAUUCCACUGAAGCAAACGGGUACGAGAGCGACGUGCUGAGCUUCACCUCCCUGCUGGACAGCCCCCACUCGACGAGCGACCUGGACUUCACGGCGCAGAACGACCUCCUUCGGCAAGAAGUCUGGAAGAUGCAGCAAGACAAUCUCGCUCGGGAGAAGCUUCGCCUAGAACUGGACGGGCACGAGGACGAACAUGGAAACGGGCAAGAUCUCGGCGACGGGGACGCUCCAUCACCACAUCUCCCAUCGACGCCAGCUGGACCAUCAUCCGAGCCCCACGCAUCUAGCCCCAGUCCAUCAUCGUCGAACCCGCCUGAACCGGACACUUCUGCAUCAACUGGAUCCUCCGGCAUGCGGCGCCUGCAAGUCACCAGAGCCAGCACGCGCGGGAAGCCCACCAGCGACGAUCAUAUCGACGUCAACUUGCCGAUCAAGCCCAGCUCUCAUGCCCUGGCGANGUGUACAAACUAG